AUGGGGCGUAGCUUUCUCGUUCAAUGCCGCGGGUUGCCAUGGGAAUGCACCGAUGAGCAAUUAAAGGCGUUUUUCGGAGAAAGCGGAAUUGAAUAUGUUGAUAUACCACGGCGAGGCGGAAAAGCGACAGGAGAGGCGAUAGUUUGCUUCAAAACUGAAGAAGAUUAUCGUGCGGGUUUGAAAAAAGAUCGAGAGUAUAUGGGUCAGAGAUAUGUCGAAGUGUUUCCGAUGGAUUCUGCAAGACCGCCGAGAAGGGAUUCUGAGAGAGGACCACGCGAUAGGGAUACCCGUUUAGAACGUGGUGGAGGAGGUCGUGGCUACGAUCGCGAUCCAUAUCCUAGAAGAAGCAUUGAGAGAGAUAGAAGAGAAGGUCCUGGUCCGAGAGGCGGAAAAGAGGGGAUCAUUCGUCUUCGCGGGCUCCCAUUUUCUGCGACAGUCCGUGAUAUUAUCGAUUUUUUCGCUCCUCUCGCAAUUGUGCGCGACGGAGUUCUCAUUCCCGACCAACGUCAACACAAGACAAACGGAGAAGCUUUUGUUGUGUUCGAGCAUCCUGACAGCUCAACUGUUGCUCUUCAAAGGCAUAUGAAGAAUAUUGGACACCGAUACAUUGAGGUUUUCGAGGCGACCUACAACGAGUUGUCCAACUUCUGCAACGAGUUCCGCUUGCGUAUGCCUCGGUUAGGACCUUCACCAUUUGUUGGAGGAGUGCCAGGAGGAGGUAGCGGUUCAUCAGGCAACGGUCCUUAUAAUGGUCCAGCAUUCUCAACUCCGCCGGAUAGUUAUCGUUCGGGAUAUCCGUCUCGUGGUGAAAGCGAUCCAUAUGGAAGCCGAACACCAGGAGGUCCUCCGUCUGAUUAUCCGUCUCGUGGAAGUCGAUAUGAGGAUCAAUACGCUUCGAGAAACACGGCGCCACCAGGAGGUGGAUACUACGAUAAUCCGUACGGACCAUCGAAGCCGGCUUAUGAUUCGUUUCCAAGAUCGAACGAUCCGUAUAGCCCAUCGGCACCACAGGAAUCCAGAUUUUCGGAUUAUGGAGGUUCGCGUGAUCCAAGGUUCGAUUCGCGGGAUCAAUAUGAGGGAAAUUGGCGGUCAAGUAACGGACCGGCGGGAGGUCCAUCAUCGGAAAGUUAUAAUGGUCCGAAUCCGUGGGGACCACAAGGAGGGCCGCCAUCGGCUAGGGCUGAUCCUUAUGGGUAUCCAAAUGAACCAUACGCCCAAAGAGAAGGCGGAGGUGCUAUGAGAAGAGAACAUGCUCCAUUCUCGCGAGUGGAUCGUGGUUAUUCGAGAUCUUCUGAUCCAUAUGGUUAUAGGGACCGUGAAUACAGAGGUCCGCAUUUCGUUCUUCGAAUGCGUGGAAUACCCUUCAGAGCUACAGAGCGUGAAGUAAUGGACUUUUUCUUGCCAGUUCGCCCUGAUCAUAUCGAAUUGCUACGCGAUCACAUCGGAAGGCCGAGUGGAGAUGCUCGUGUCAUUUUCUUCAACCGCAAAGAUUAUGAUGAAGCAUUAAUGAAGGAUAAACAAUAUUUGGGCCAUCGAUUCAUAGAGAUCAUUCCUGACACUGGAAGAUAUUAA